UGGGCACGGGGUGGCUCCGGAGCACAUUCACCACCCUCGCCUGGUGACAGUCCCGGGCUGUGACGAGGGAUGGUGAGGGGUGAAGGCGAGCCGGGGAGAAAGGCUGAGCGCGGCAGGGUGGUGGGGCUGCCAUGGGGGGUGUCAGCCCACUGGCGUGGAAGGAUCCCUCCGGGAGGGGUCCCCAGCCCCCACAGAGGGGAUUCUGCCACUGCCCACCCCGGCCUGCACUGACAGCAUCUGCAGGGCCCGGGGAAGGCUCCAGAGCCACAGCCUCUGUCAGGGAGCUGCCCCGCUCCGUGGCAGAGCAGGGGCAGCCUUUCCCCACGGCUCCUUGCUGGGGAGACCGCAUCGCAGCUCCUUCCCCAGCCUCUGCUUGUCUCUGGUUUUGGGCAGGGGGGAAAAGCCUAAAUGGGAUUUCCCCCACCACCCCCCUUCAAGCUCCUGCUGUAAUCUGCGCUUCUCUCCCUGCUCACUGAGCACCGCAGCACUGGCCCGACUUGGCCGACCUGCGUUUGAACUUUCAAAGAAAACAAGUCAUUACCGAGGAGAAGCCGCAUCUCUGUGAGGCCUAAUUUCGGAGGGUUUUUUUUCAGGGCCUUUAUCUCUCUUAUCUGCUGCGCAGCCAUGGGGCUAAAUUACCCGGAAAGUCAGGCUCGGGCGGGUUUAGCUUUCAGGAACACAGCUCACAGCGGGCACUUCCUUGAGGCCGUGAGCACAGAGCUGUGUGCAGGAGCGUGGCCUGGAGGCCCUGGGGAGCCUCCUGCAGGCCCACAACCAGCUGACGCUCUGCCCCUGCAGGUGAGGACCCUGUUUGUCAGCGGCCUGCCCCUGGACAUCAAGCCCCGCGAGCUCUACCUGCUCUUCAGGCCCUUCAAGGGCUAUGAGGGGUCACUUAUCAAGCUCACCUCCAAGCAGCCCGUGGGGUUCGUGAGCUUCGACAGCCGCUCAGAAGCUGAGGCCGCCAAGAAUGCACUGAACGGCAUCCGCUUCGACCCUGAGAUCCCCCAGACCUUGCGGUUAGAGUUUGCUAAAGCCAACACCAAGAUGGCCAAGAGCAAGCUGAUGGGCACUCCCAACCCCAGCACGCCCCUCCCCAACACUGUACCUCAGUUCAUCGCCAGGGAGCCCUAUGAGCUCACAGUGCCUGCACUUUACCCCGGCAGCCCUGAAGUGUGGGGGCCGUACCCUCUGUACCCAGCGGAGCUGACGCCUGCUCUACCUCCUCCUGCGUUCACAUACCCUGCUUCGCUGCAUGCCCAGAUGCGCUGGCUCCCUCCCUCCGAGGCUGGGUCUCAGGGCUGGAAGUCCCGUCAGUUCUGCUGAAUGCUGUGUCUCGGGUGUGUGAUGGCGGCCGACGGUCAGUCUUGUGGGUAUGAACAGAGCCCCCCGGCGGCUGCUGGGCACGCACGCUCUCUGCAGAACCACAGUGUGCUGGCUAGGAAGAAACCUCACACAAGUCUGGAUUCCUCCAAGACUUUCCCACAGCCUCUAUCACACAUCUGUUCUUCUAGAAGAAAGCGAGAAGCAUACCCCGUAUAAUAUUUCCCUCUUCUACACUGUAUAUUUGUAAGAAAGAGCGUGUUACUGCUGAAAGCAUGGUUUGACAGGCACUGCUGUAGCGUUUGAAAAGUAUUUUCAAACAACCCCUAGGAAAGCAGACUGCAAAAAAAAAGAAAAAAAAGCAAAGCGAGAGCAAGUAUUUUUGUACCAAACUCCUGAACAGGACAAUCUCACACCGGGCUGGAUGAGAGUUCUGGUGCUCAACAUACAACAGCACGCCCUUAGCAGCCUGCCUCCUCCCAUCCACAGGCCAGAACGUACGCUGCCUCAGCAGUCUGUGGUGCUCACAGUGCUCCGGCGACAUCAGCAUCGCCUCUGCACCCCAGUGCACUGCCAGCAUUGGGGUUCUCUUCCCGGUGGCAGCACACGGCACCAGCCAUGACAGGCAGCUUUUUUACCUUGGCACGAUGUUAAUGGCUUGCUGCACAGCUCCGGCAAGGUGUGAUGUUUGCAUCAGGGAUGGGCAGAGACAGCCCACACAUGUAACAAGGUGAGAAUUCGCCUUCUCCUGCCACGGCUACUCCAAGAUGUUAAGGGCAAUGCAGACUGCUGUGCAAGGAGCUGGACUUUCUGAUCCCUGACAACUCUGGGCCACGGGACUGGGAUACGCACCCACUGCUGCAGGGCUCUGCUGCAGCUUCAGCGCCCAGUGAUGCCAGUCUGGCUGCAGAGCGUGUCUGUGUGGAGCAGAGCCCAAGGAAGGCCGCUGGUUACACAGGGUGGGAUGGAUCCAGCACAGGGACUGCAUGCCGGUGUCCUCUUUGCACCAGGAGGAACUGGCAUGAGGAAGAGUAAAGCAAAAAAAAUAAAAAUAAAAAAAAUCAACCCAUUUGUUUCUUCAAAAAGGAGGUGCCAACCACAUCUCCAUUAAUCACCUGGGCUGAACUCCCAGCCUCUCGCCCUCCUCCAUUUUCUGCUUUGGCCACAAGCAGCAGGGAACAGGGCUGCCAGAGCUGCACAGGUGGGGGCAAGAAGGGGUGCCACAGGGCCACCAGCGUGCAGCAGGGUGGGCAGCGGUGCCUCGAGCAAAGUAGCUCUGCAGGGACAGCACAGCGCUCCCAGCAACGGACUAUUGUAGCAAACUGUUUCCUGUGUUUUGUUCUGUUUUUGUGGAGAGGAAAGGAGCUUCCAUGUUGUCUUCUCCGCUUUUGGAAAUAUGUUUAAAGGUACUUUUCUAUUGUAAUUUUUUAAAAAUAAAGCCAGUGAUUAUUGUAAGUUA